AUGGCGACCCUCGCGACCGCUUCUCGCCUCUGCCUGCGCGCGGCUGCUAAGCCCGUCGCUCCCGCCGUCCGCGCCCUCAGCACCACCGCUAUCCGUCCCGACAGCGCGUCCGCCUCCGGAUACUCCAGCCCCUUCAAGUUCCAAGGAGAGUCCAAGGGCUCCCAGAUCCCCGACUUUGGAAAAUACGUCUCUACCGGUAGCGAGGGCAAGAACAAGCUCUACUCGUACUUUAUGGUUGGCGCCCUCGGUGCCGUCAGUGCUGCUGGUGCCAAGAGCACAGUUCAGGAGUUCCUGGUCAACAUGUCUGCUUCUGCCGACGUUCUGGCCAUGGCCAAGGUCGAGGUUGACCUUGCCUCUAUCCCCGAGGGCAAGAACGUUAUCAUCAAGUGGCGAGGCAAGCCCGUCUUCAUCCGACACCGAACCCAGGACGAGAUCGACCAGGCCAACAAGGUCAACAUCUCCUCUCUCCGAGAUCCCGAGGAGGACAGCGCCCGUGCCCGACAGCCUGAGUGGCUUGUCAUGUUGGGUGUCUGUACCCACUUGGGUUGUGUCCCCAUUGGUGAGGCUGGUGACUACGGCGGUUGGUUCUGCCCUUGCCACGGUUCUCACUACGAUAUCUCCGGCCGAAUAAGAAAGGGACCCGCCCCUCUCAACCUCGAGAUCCCCGAGUACGACUUCCCUGAGGAGGGCAAGCUUAUCAUCGGUUAA